AUGCUCCACCACCAUGCAUCAGAUGAUAUUGCGGCCGGGAAAAUAUCGGAGGACUUGCAGCAUCACAAAUUCAAGCUAGAGAGCAAGAUCAGUAGUCUUCGCUCAGCACUGAGAGGAUCGGUUGACUCAAACGAUUCCCGAGAGAGGCAGGACCAUCAACGACGUUUUGUCAUCCACGGUCUUGGGGGCUCUGGGAAGACGCAGUUCUGCAGCAAAUUUGCUCAGGACAACAGAGAACAUUUCUGGGGGAUUUUUUGGAUCGAUGGAAGCUCCUAUGAAAAUGCCAAACAUUCUUAUGCCGAGAUUGGAAAGGUUGGCGGCGUCGAGCCCAACGAGAAAGCAGCGAAAAAUUGGCUCUCUAGUCUCCAGCAACCCUGGCUUCUGCUCAUCGACAAUGCCGACGACCCCGAUGUUGAUGUAACUCAAUUCUUUCCGGGGGUGAAGGUGGGUUCGGGCUUCUUUCAUUUCGAGAGCCUCGAGGUCGAAGAAGCAAGUGACCUGCUUUUGGCUGCCGCUGUGUUUCCACGUCCCUGGGAGGUAGCGACAAGAGAGUACGCUCGCAAAGCUGCGCAGAUUCUUGGCUAUCUUCCACUUGCACUCAUACAUGCUGGAAAAGCCGUCCUUGAAAGGCUUUGUUCACUGAGCGAAUAUCCUGAUUACUAUCAAAGAACAUGGGAUAGAAUUCGUCGUUCACGGAGCCGAAGCAAUUCACGUGGACAUGAAAUCGAACACAUGUCAGACAUGAGUGUGUACUCUUCUUAUGAAAUGAUCUACCUCGGCCUUGAAAGCAAGGAAGACUUUGAGUCAAAAGAUGCUCUUGAGCUGCUUGAGAUAUUCUCUUUCUUCCAUUGGGAGAACAUCGAGUUUGAUUUCAUCAAAAAUGCGGCCUUAAACCCUCGAAGAGAACAGGAAGACAGACGUGCCAAACAGGGAGCGGAAAAGCCGAGGGCCAUUCAUAAGAGGCCCAAAACAUGGAACAUGGUCUUCCGAGAAUGGGCCGGCACGAUAAUAGAGCCCCUCACCAGGCCGAUCCUCGUCCUUCCAGCUGUCUUGCGAGAUGAAGAUGAUCCGCCAUUUUAUGAGUACAGAUUACGUGGCGCGCUCUCACUCUUGGGGCGGCUGGGUAUGUUGACCUCGCAUGCAGAAAAUGAUAGUUAUUGGAUGCACCCACUUGUGCACACUUGGGUUCGACAGAGACCAGACACCAGCACAGCGGAACAGGCUCUCUGGUGUCAGGCCGCUGCUACAGUUUUGACCCAAUCUAUCUUUUUCAAGCCACCGGACGCGUAUACAAACCAAGACCAAUACCUCAAGCGACAAAUUUAUCCACACGUGGAAAAUCUGGCUCCUCGGGCGAGCUUUGGAAGGCUUCAAGCGAGCGAGGCGGCAAAGUUCAGUCUGGUGUACCUUGAGUGUGGAUAUUGGAGCAAAGCGGAGGAGCUGCAGCUUCAAGUGAAAGAUUUCGUGUUCGCGCAAAUGGGGCCUGAGUCCGAACCGGGGAUUGCUAUCGCAUUGUUGCUUUCCAAUGUCUAUGCAAUACAGACAAGAGUCAACGAAGCAAGAGAGCUUCAAUGUGAAGUCCUUGGUUACGCGAAAAACUUUUACGGUCCCAAGCAUCCUGCGACCUUGAAUAUCAUGGGCACACUCGGUGCCACUUGCAACAUGGGCUCCAGACUCCGUGAAGCAAAUCAGCUACACCAAGAGGUUAUUGAUACUAUUUCAACAAUGGAGGGAAUUGGUCCUAAUCACGAAAGCACGUGGACAGCCGUGGAGAAUCUGGCGAAAGUCAAACUUCGCUAUUUGGACCAUGAAGCAGCCAUUCAUCUCCAAUCAAGCGCAUAUCAAGGGUUCCUGAACCUGCUAGGCCCGAAACAUCUGAAAACAUUGAAUGCCCGACUUGACCUCGCUGACGUUGCUGGGUUUGCGGGCGAAGAACAUCUCGAGCCAUCUUUGAAGAUGAUCGAAGAGCUCGAAUAUGAUUUCACCAAAAUGCUUGGACGUGAGCACAUGCUUACACUCAGAGCUAAAUUGACCAUGGCAAAGAUCAAAAUUGCCCUCAAUAGAUUUGAAGAGGCCGAGGAACUAUUCCGAGAUGGUUUACCCGCAGCUGAACGAAAUUUGGGGGCUAAUCAUCUCGGGACGUUGAACGGUCACACAUGGCGGGGACACUCCUACUGGCGCCAAGGCCGAUAUUUGGAGGCACAGUCGGUGUUCGAGAACGUGAUGGAAAAACAAAGGUAUGAACAAUCAAAGCGUGCAGAAGACGGGGAGCAUUCAGAUCGACUCCAAGCAAUGUGGUUUCUUGUGCAUUGCUAUGAAGACCAGCAAAAGAUUGAUGACGCCUUAAGCUCAUGCGAGGAGCUCAUUCAAGCUGUUCGUGCCUUUGGUGGGGAAGGGCUUGGAGAGAAACACAGAAUGUGGCCACUCUUAUUGGAGAAGAAGCAGGAGUUGAUCUUCAAAAAGGAGAAAAGGUUGCCCGAAAACGAUUGUAACACCAUUUCCGAGGAGGCAACUGCGGAUGCUCUUGACCUUAUAUGCUUGGUGCUCCUUGGGGUCAAGUCGAAUCUUGAGCUCCGACCUAUCAUUGCGAACAUUGACAAGAAACAUAAAGAUCUUCCAAAUCCGUUGUUCGUGUUGAGCUUGCUCGACUCGGUCUUCAUUCCAUUCAAAUCCACCGACCAUGUCAACUACUUCAGAGGCGUGAAGGCCAGCCUCUUCUAG